AUGGCGUCCGCUUCCCUCAACUCAAGUCAAGCCGGCCGCAUCAGCAUCGCCAUCGUCGCAGCCAUCAUCCUCCUGAAACUUUUCUUCCUACCGUCCUCCUCCGCUCCUUCCCACUCCACGGUCAGCACGUCAUACUCGUCCCGUCACACCUCAUGGCGACCCUCCCUCUCCAAACUAAAAUUACCCUCUUGGUCCAAAUCCACCGAAAAGCUCACUUCUCUCGGCUUCCUCCCCCUCUCUCCGGCCGUCGAGUCCCUCUGCGCACACUACCGCUGGGUCCCCUUCGCCGACCGCUACCACCGCCGGAAAAUCUAUGAUUUCGUCGUCAUACACGAUGUUUCCGAGCUCGAGACGUUAGGACUCAGAAUGGCGGAGAUGGGGGAUGGGGUCGAUUGGUUUGUUGUUAUUGAGCGCGCGGUGGGGAACGGAGAGGGAGGGGAGAGUGUGAGGUAUGUGAGCGAGAACAUGGGCAUGUUUGAGAAGGCGAGUAGGGAGAAGAUGGUUGUGGCGGUGUUGAAUGAGACGCAUGUUCCGAGUUCGAGUUUGGGGGAAAGGUUGGAGGGGGACAGGUUGAGGGAUGCCAUCGCUCGGGACGCAGCGCUCGAGCAGGUUCUGCCGGUGCUGCAGGACGAGAUGAUUCCGACGCACGGCGAUAUCUUGAUCUCCGGGGAUGUGGAUGAGAUUAUCCGGCCGGAAGUGCUCACCGCGAUGCGCAACUGCGAUAUGCCUGCGCACGUGCGCUUGUGGACAAGGGGAUACUUCUACAGCUUUCAGUGGCUGGUGGGCGGCAUCGGCAGCGGCAGCUCUGGAGACGCAGGCCAAGCAAGCGUUACUGACGGUGGAGAGCCGGCGUACGAACAACAACACCACCUCGACGCCACAAUCUUCACGGGCUUCAAGUCCACCCUCCGGCCCAGCGUGAUCCGCGACUCCAACCAGAAACCCAACACCAACAUCCACGCCGCGGGCUGGCGCUGUCGGUUCUGCUUCAGCAGUAUCCAAGACAUCAUCUCCAACAUUGCCUCCGGCACCAGCGCCGCGUCGUCCGCACCGGAGGAUCUGGUCGGGGUGGGUGCAGUCAUCGACCCCGUGCAAAUUCUGCAGCGCGUGAGAGCAGGGUUUGAUAUCACGGGGCGGGAGAGGGAGUUGUAUAGGGUGGACAACAAUAAGGACGUGCCGGGGGCGGUGGUCAGGGAUGGGGCGAAGUAUGGGUAUAUGCUGGAUCGGGAUGCGGAGGAUGGGAAUUUUGUGGAUGCUUGGGAGGUUAUGGAGUUGUAUGAGCAGAAGGGUGCUUCGUGA